AUGAGUUUGGAUCCGCCUCUCCAGCUGUUGUGCGCCCCCCCACCCCGACUGCUUAUUUCAGGGGAGCCGAAUUUCGCACAACCUGCCGCGAUGGAUCCGUUGGACGGGUUCGGUUCUCCCCGACGGGAAGAGGCUGCGGCAGACAGCCGAUCCGGCUGGACCCGCUUCUUCUCCUGGCUGGAGUGCGUGUGUGUAGUUACCUUCGAUCUGGAGCUCGGACAAGCCAUUGAGCUAGUUUAUCCGCAGGAUGUCAAACUCACAGAGAAAGAGAAAACCAGCAUCUGUUACCUGUCCUUUCCUGACUCCUACUCAGGAUGCCUUGGGGACACUCAGUUCACCUUCAGGUUACGCCAAUCAGUUGGGCGUCAAAGUUUCAGAGACGACGUCUACAACAGAGACGCCCCGGCCACGCUGCAGAGGGAAACGGCACAUUUUUUCGGCUACGUCUACUUCCGUCAGGUGAAGGAUGUGUCUGUGAAGAGAGGCUAUUUUCAGAAGUCGCUAGUCUUGGUGUCCAGGUUGCCCUACACACACCUGUUUCAUUCGGUGCUGCAGAUCAUCGCACCAGAGUUCUUCGAGAAGCUGGAACCGUUCCUGGAAGCAGUUUGCAAUGAGAUUGACCAGUGGCCCAACCCCUCACCUGGACAGACGCUCAACCUGCCCAUCGUGGGCAUUGUCUUACAGGUUAGAAUUCCUUCAAAAACAGACAAACCGGGAGGAAGUCCCGUCAGACAGAUAACUAACGAGAGCCCACUGCCAGCUCCAACUCUCCUUCCAACCAUCCACGAACUGGACCUCUUUAAGUGUUUCCAGUCGGUUCUGAUCCACCUGCAGAUGCUGUGGGAGCUGAUGCUGCUCGGCGAGCCGCUGGUCGUCAUGGCGCCGUCUCCGACCGUCUGCUCAGAAACAAUACUGGCCCUGGUCAGCUCCAUAAGCCCUCUGAAGUUCUGCUGUGACUUUCGGCCGUAUUUCACCAUCCAUGACAGCGAGUUCAGAGAGUACACGACCCGGACGCAGGCGCCUCCAAAUGUGGUUCUGGGGGUCACCAACCCGUUCUUCAUCAAGACUUUUCAGAACUGGCCUCACAUCGUUCGACUGGGAGAGAUCAAGAUGGCCGGUGAUCUUCCGAAGCAGGUGAAGGUGAAGAAGUUGUCCAAACUAAAAACUCUUGACACCAAACCAGGGAUUUACACAGCCUACAAAACGUUUCUUCACAAAGACAAGAUCCUUAUCAAGAGGCUUUUGAAGGGAAUCCAGAGGAAAAGGCCGUCAGAGGCUCAGAGCGCCAUCUUGAGGCGACACCUGCUUGAACUGACACAGAGCUUCAUCAUUCCUCUGGAGCGGUACAUGGCGAGCCUGAUGCCUCUGCAGAGAUCGGUCACACCCUGGAAGACUCCUCCACAGGUUCGUCCCUUCAGUCAGGACGAGUUCAUUUCCACUCUGGACCACACCGGCCCUCAGCUCACCUCCAUGCUCAGAGGGGACUGGAUGGGUCUGUACAGGAAGUUCUUCAGGUCCCCGAACUUUGACGGCUGGUACCGCCAGCGCCACAGAGAGAUGACGCAGAAGCUGGAGAGCCUCCAUCUGGAGACGAUCUGCGACGCAGACCUUCUGGGCUGGAUCAAAGACAAGUCAGAGGUGGAGAUCGUGGACCUGAUCCUGAAGCUCAGAGAAAAGCUGAUCAAAGCUCGCCGGCAGCAGCUGCAGGUCAAAGAUGGAGUUUUAGACAAACUGGACGCUUUCAUAAACUCUAUAGUCGGCUCGCUGCCUGAAGACCUGCAGCCCGUUCUGAACACACGCUGACACCAUCACACCUGAUAUAAGCCCAAACAAUGCAGAAAGCAGACGAGUCUGAAGACUUCAUGACGACACAGAAGAUUUUCAUUUAUCUCAACAGAAAACCCAACAGCAGAUGGUCGAAGCACACAGUUGUUAUUUUUCUAGUUUGAGAAAUUAAAAACACCAACAUGCUGCUCUCUCCAUGUAUUUUAUCUUAAUAUACUCUUAAUAUAUUAAGACUUUAUUCCCACGUGACUUAUUCUGACAAUAGUACGACUAUUUUCUAGUUUCAUUUUAUUCUAGUGCAAAUUAUCCUCAUAUUAAGACUAUUUUCCUGCUGACUUUAUUCUCGUAAAAUAGCGACUUUAGUUUCCUACAACUCUUUUCUUGUAUAACUUAUUGUUUGACUUUAUAAAUGACUUUUUCUUGUACGAUUUAUUCUCAUGUUAUGACUAUACUUUCAUACAACUUUACAUGACAUUAGUCUUGUAUAACUUCUCGUAAUGUUACUUUGUUCUUGUAUAACUUAUUUUCAUGACUUUUUUUCUCGUAUGACUUUAUUUUCUUAAUAUUACGACUUUAUUUCUGUACGAUUUAUUAUCAUACAACUUCAUACGACUUUAGUGUUGUGCAACUUUAUUUUUGGAUAAUUUCUCGUAAUAUUACUUUAUUCUCAUUCAACUUUAUUAUUUUUUGACUAAUACGGCUUUACUCUUCUACUAUGAAGAAUAAAGUCUUGUAAGACUUUAUUCUUGUGGCAUUACUGCUAGUAGAGUUGUGAAUAUAGUCACAAGACUUUAUUCUUGUAACUAUAUUCUCAUAAUGACUUUAAUUUUUUUAUGACUUUAUUCCCACUGCUUAAAGCUGAGACAUCUUGAUAGAAACUCAAUGUAGAUAAUUCUGGCUGUAGAUAUUUCAGUUAUUAAUUUAUGCGAAGAUAUUAAUUUAUCUGUCGAGUUUUUAGAUAUUAAUUUAUCUAAAAGAAAAGUCCAACUCAGAACAGCAGACAGUUGAAACACAUGGCAUUAUUUUUCUAGUAUUAUAGAGAAAUUUAAAACACUAACACGCUGCUCUCUCUUCAUGUAUUUGUGCUCUAAAAAAUAAAACUUGAAUCAUCUGA